GAAAGGUGUCAGGGAGCCUCGGGAGACUCAGAGGAGCGAGGGAGCAAGAGGAAGAAGGAGGAGAAACAGAGAAGAAGACAGAGACCAAAAUGUCACCACUGUCAACACUGUGACAAAUCCUUCACAACAUCUGGACAUUUAAAGAUUCAUCAGAGAGUUCACACUGGAGAGAAGCCUUACAGCUGUGAUCUAUGUGGGGCAGCUUUCACACUGAAGAGUAACCUAAUGAUGCAUCAACUCAUUCACACCGGAGAGAAGCCGUACAGCUGUGAACAUUGUGGGAAAACCUUUUCUAGGAAGGGUAACCUAGUAAUGCACCAACGUGUUCACACCGGAGAGAAACCGUACUGGUGUGAUCAAUGUGGGGCAGCUUUCACAUUACAGCGUAACCUAAAAUUACAUCAACGCAUUCACACUGGAGAGAAGCCGUACAGCUGUGAACAUUGUGGGAAAAUGUUUUCUCAUAGUAGUGCCCUUAAAACACAUCGACGCAUUCACACUGGAGAGAAGCCGUACAGCUGUGAACAUUGUGGGAAAAUGUUUUCUCAUAGUAGUGCCCUUAAAACACAUCGACGCAUUCACACUGGAGAGAAGCCGCACUGGUGUGAUAUAUGUGGUAAAACAUUUAUUGUGAGCGAUAGUCUUAAAAGACACCGACAUGUUCACACCGGAGAGAAGCCGUACUCGUGUAAACAAUGUGGGGAAACGUUUUCUCAGAGAAGUCACCUUAAACGUUACCAACGCAUUCACACUGGAGAGAAGCCGUACUCGUGUACACAAUGUGGGAAAACGUUUUAUCAGAGUAGUAACCUUAAAAGACAUCAACGCAUUCACACUGGAGAAAAGCCCAAAUAGUCUGAACAAGUAAAUUAGCUUUAAAUAAGCAAAACUACAAAGAGACAGAUGAAAGUGCAGCGUCAAGAAAAAACAAUAACUACAGUGGGUUCGAAAGUUUGGGCACCCUAGAUAAAAAUGUGUAUUAAUGUGCAUAAAGAAGCCAAAAAAAAAAAUGGAAAAAUCUCCAAAAG